AUGUCCGGUGCCAGCACAUCAUGGGCGGCUGAUACCCCUCCACCGACCUGGGUCCCUAUAAACCGGAUGGUUAUCGCCUACGAGACUGCAGAUAAGGCUUUCUCCGACCAAAACAGAACCAAUCCGGCCAUACUAUCCAAAUUACAAUACAUCAUCAGCGUGAAUGGUCCCGUGACCAUGAUUCCGGGAAGACCAGGGGCUUUUUUGACCUUUGGAGCAACUUCAGAAAACCAUGUGCUUCUCUCGAGCCCAGUCAACACCGUGACGGAGAAAAGUUCCGGCGGUUCGGAAUUUCAGAACACCACCCCCGCGGGUAGUGGGAAGUACCACAGACGCCAGUUGUCUUUCAUGUUGACACGACCGACAGGAGAGCUCAUGCUAGUCAACGAAACUGGGAAACCCGGCGAGGUCGACUAUUACGUGCACGAAACUAAUAACGGUGAGUCGAUGGAACACGGGUUCGGAGAACGAAGCCAUCAUCUCAUCCCCCGUCCCACACUAGCCAGCAAUAUGCGCGAGAGGCCUAGAGUUUCUGAGGAGCAUGUCAUCUGUAUCGGGGACAAUAAUAGCGGAGCUUCGUUCACAUUUACGUGGGGACCCAAGCACCAGAAAGAUCCCGUCUCAGCCCGCAUACAGCUGAUGGGGCUCUCAAAACUCCUGGACCCCGAGGGAAUAGUCAGCCCGAGGCCAGACGCGGAGUCCAUGCUCUCGGGGCGAGCCGUUGUUGUCCUGGAGCUAAGGACGGGAGGACCUGGCUUCUCUAAAGGCGAGCUGGAUCAGCUGAUUUGUGACGACGAGCAUGCGAAGCGUAUGAAGCAUACUAAUAUCCUUGAGCGGCUGCCAUUAAACGCGUUUGCUUUUCGUGCUUGUCCCGGCACUGUUGAGGACUUGAUGUCCUCCAACUUCAAGAACGGCAUCGAACCCUGGCAUGGCGACUUGGUCCGCGAUGUCUCCAGUGCGCUGGAGUAUCUGUCGACCCAGAACAUGGCCCACCGCAACAUACAAGCCGCAAAUGUCUUCUGGAAUAUCACCCCUGGCCGCGAGACAAGGCUAACCUUCUUCCUUGGCCCGGGAGGCUAUUGUUUUCUUGUUCCACGCGAAACCGGCGCGACGGCUGGCAGCAGUUCGGUCCAAAAGAAUAUUGACCCAUCGACUAUGAAAUACGACUUCCUCUUGACGCCGGAUGAGAUUGCCAGAAGAAAGUCGGAUCCGAAGUCGGAUAUAUGGCGGGCUGGUCUUCUCGUCGCUCAAGCCCGAGGUCAUAUCCCAUUGUCCAGCGAGAAGCCCUGGGAGAUGUCGUUGGAAAGGUUCAAGUCUCAUUGUCACACCGUGGGGCUGGAAGUAGACUUCACCAGAUAUAUCGACAAGGAUAACAAGAGCACCUGCUGGUGGCGGCGGGUCAACCACCUCGCCAAGAGCGGCUGUCUGGGACCCAUGGUUGGAGACAUGCUGGCCACCGGGCCCGAAAACCGACCAACUGCCACAAAAGUAUUCAAUUUCGCGAAGAGAUAUGCUCGGGACCCCAAGGCCAUGUUUGGGCCCAGUGCAUGGCCGCUGGCCGCCGGACCACCUGCAAAGACAGCAACCGUCGGGGCCGGCGGACGAGCAGCACAGCAAGCAAUACCAACCCAGCAGCCCGCAACACAGGCUCUCGAUUUGCUUCCGGCGCCGCCAGCACACAGCAAUGUAGCAUCACGGCAACAAGACAGCCGCCAGAUCGACCCGAGCAGCGGCAAGGCCCCUGCCAGCGCCGCCAGCGCUGCCACCAGGGAGAAGACGACAUACAGCAGGCCGGCCGUACGCCCGACGACGGCAGCGGCUGGCGAAGGUUCAAGUUCGCAAUCCACGGCCAAUAUGAAGAAAUCGGUCGAUAGCGGCCCGCCACUACCACUCACAGCGGCAACAGCAACACCAACAGCAGCAAGAACAGUGACACCAACGGCAGCAGCUCCUGCGGCACUCCUUCCUCCUCGCCAGCGAAAGUUGGAGGGAAGAAAAUUAAUCGUGGACGUGGACUCGAGACACGACGGCAAAGGGGACGGAGACGGGUCAGCGUUGAGUACCAAGAACGAAAUGGCGGUAGACAAGUGA